AUGUUCCUCCAAUACCAGAUCGACUUGACUACCGCUCUUCGACCCACGCUUCUCCCCGAAGAAACCCUGCUAUUCGUCCAAGAUGCGGUUGGCUUGUACUCGUCCAAACUCAAGUUGCCCGAAUAUCAGAACGGCCAGGCUUAUCUGACCUCCCACCGAGUGUGCUAUGUUGACCAGAAAGAUCCGCGCCAGAAGAAUCUGGCUGUGCAUUUGAGAAACGUUGAGAGACACGAGUUUUACGCAAGGUUUCUGAAAUCGUCGCCCAAGAUCUCUUUGUACCCUAAGCCAUCCAAGAGCCUCUCCAGUGCUUCUCCAGCAGUGUCUUCCGAAGAAGCAAGAAGAAGCACCACACCAGCGCCUGCGCCCGCACCUCCAGUGAAUGCGACUUGGGUAUGCCCAAUCUGCUCAUUUUCGAAUCCGGUGCCGUCCAACUUCGACCCUGCGAUCGCGAAUGCUCGCACCCCCAUACCGCCUUGCCUGGCCUGCGGCAUCAAGCCGCCUCUUGUACACGUUGUCAAAGCCGUCAUCGCGGCAAUAUCGAACCGACCAACCUCGGAGCUACCCCCCAGAUACGAAGACGGCGGAGGUCCAUCGUCCAAACCGACGUCAGGAGCGCAUGCAUCCAACACUCUUUCUUGCCCGAGAUGCACCUUUCAAAAUCAUCCUUCACUGACGGCAUGUGAAAUCUGUGGGAGUUCACUUGCCUCAAUAACGGAUAAGCGUCUUGACGUGACUCAGGGCAUUUCACGGACCGCUUCGCCAGGCCCCUCACUGAGUUCCCCCCUAACAGACGAGGUUAUUGAAUGCAUCAAGUUUUCCUUCAGGGGCGGUGGUGAGAAGAUCUUCUACGAAAGAUUGAAGAACGCGCUUGUGCAACGCAAAUGGCUUCUCCAUAGCGCACCACCGAUACCAAAACCUCGUCCAGUAUCAGGAACCGCCACCGAUGGAGAUUCUAGCCAUGCAGAUACCGAUGUAUCUAAUUCAGGCCGUAAUAAAGUCGUGGGUAUAGCUGGUUUGGAGCGCAGAGAUCUCGAGCAACGAAAGAAUACCGAAGCAAUGAUCGGCAGCUCCUUUGAAGAUCUUGAUGCCCUGAUGACUUCUGCGAAAGAAAUCAUCGCAUUGGCUGAACAAUUCGCGUCUCAAGCCAAUCUUGGCACUAAUGGCAGCUCAGAAGCUAGUGCGCUGGCCUCGCAAUCUGCGUCAGUACUAGGCUUAGUCACCACCAAAGAUAUGCUCGGGUCUGGUUCCGAGUCACUCUAUGUGUCCGAAUUGUCGCGCAACCUGGCUGAAUGGCUGACUGAUGAUACUCACGGGAUCUUGAAGAAGGAAGGGGGUAUCAUGACCCUCGUAGAUCUAUGGGCUCUUUUCAACCGGGCAAGAGGUGGUGUGGAGCUUGUCAGCCCAACAGAUUUCGAGAAAGCCGCGCGUAUGUGGGACAAACUCAAACUCCCCGUCCGCUUGAGGCAAUUCAAAAGUGGACUGCUGGUCGUGCAGGGUCGUAACAGGACCGACGCGAAGACAAUCGAAAGCCUACUCUCAUGGCUCACAGCGCUUCACACGGAACCGCCCUCACCAGAUACUGUAUGGGAUUGGCAGAAAUUUGGACGGGGUGUUACAGCACAAGAAACCGCGGAAUGGUUUGGGUGGAGUGUUGGUGUGGCUACGGAGGAAUUGGAGAUGGCAGAAGAAGCAGGCGCCAUAUGCCGUGAACAGGGACUCGACGGCGUGAGAUUUUGGGAGAACUGGUUUGAAAAAAUUCCGAACAAUGCAUCUGCAAUGUAA